AUGUUAAAUGUACGACAGAUACCCUUCCGUCUUAUAUUUCAAAGGUAUAACUCAACCAGUUCAAAGUUCCUACCAGAGACAGUCAUAGGACAAUGCUACAGACCUCAAAUAGUAUUGAAUCCAGAUGUAACAAAGGCAAUCAACAAUAAUAUUCUUUCUUUGGAUCAUCCUAAGAAUCUUCGAAGAGUUGCAAAAAAUUACUUCGUUGACCUUCACAGAAAUAAUUUACAUAAGGCACCUUUGACGCCUUUACAGGUGGAUGCUCAUAUUGCUUCUAUUUUCUUACAAAAUUAUGGUGCCAUUUAUCAAACAUUAAUGGAGUUGAAGAAAAGAGCUUCAACAAAGGGAGAGGAAUGGGUACCGAAUCGUGUUUUGGAUGUUGGAUUUGGACCUGCUACAGGAAUUAUUGCGUUGAAUGAUAUAUUUCAAAAUAUGGAAAAGAAACCAACUGUCAAAGAUGCUGUGAUUAUGGGUUCAUUAGAUAUGCAAAGAAAGGCUAAGAUUAUACUUAGUAGACAAAUCGAUGAAAUUGUUGAUCCAACAUCUCUAAAUGCCAGUGAAGAGAGUGCCGAAGUAAGUGAAAGAAUAGAUAUAUUGAAAGCUGAUAACGAAAUCAUGACAGACACCGAGGAAGUAUACGAGGAGGAAUUAGUUGGGGAAGUAAUGACAAAGAAGAUUAAAAUUAAAACGAAUUUAAGAGACGAUUUACCAUUAAACAAAGAAUACGAUUUGAUUAUACUUACUCAUCAACUACUGCAUGACGAAUCUAAAUUCCAUACCCAAGUCGAUGAAAACUUGACACGAUAUCUAAAAUUACUGGCACCUGGUGGUAACAUUGUUAUUAUCGAACGAGGAAACCCGUUAGGUUUUGAAAUUACUGUGAAAGCAAGACAACUCAUGAUUAGGCCCGAGAAUUAUCCUAAUGAACAUGGGAAAAUACCAAGACCAUGGAUACGUGGUGCAACUUUAAAAGACAAGACAGUUCCAGAAAAUAUCGACUACUACCUGAAAAUAAUAGCUCCGAGUCCACAUCAUAGGGCUUGUCCAUUACAAACCGAUAAUCCAAACUAUUACAGCUUCCCUGAAGGGAAAAAUUUGAAAAUAUGUACUUUCCAAAAGUCAAUCGAGAGACCUAAAUUCAGCCUAGAACUUAAGAAGGGAAGAUUAUUAUCUGCACCAUGGGAUGAUGUAGAAGGAAUAAACCAUGAUAGAUCUUACAAACCAACUCCGGAUAUGAAAGGAAAAGGUAGACCAUAUGGGAAAAAUUAUGAAAUAAUUAAUUAUUCUUAUUUAAUAGCUGAGAGAUCUUUAAAUGACCCAGAAACACUUGCUCAUAUAAAAAAAUUAAGGGAGGAACAACCUUUCAAUUUCCAAAUUGGAUCCUUAGGUGAUGGAAGUCCCGAUACAUGGCCUAGAAUUAUUUCACAACCAAUUAAACGGAAAGGUCACGUAAUAUUAGACGUCUGUGGACCUUCUGGGGAAUUAGAGAAAUGGACGAUACCUAAAUCAUUUUCUAAAGAAAUUUAUUACGAUGCAAGGAAGGCAAUGAAAGGUGAUUUAUGGGGAUUAGACGCAAAAGUGAAAAUAAAGGGUAGAGGAAGACUAAAUGUGGAAAAGUUUGAAAGAUUGGAAAAGGAAAGAAUUCGUGUAUCGAAGAAAGAAACGAGAAAACACGAGCGGGAAGUAUUACAGACGUUUAACAAAUUGAAUAAUGAAGAUAUCCCAGAUAAUUCAGAAGCAACUGAAACUGUUCAACAAUUAUCCGAAGUAUAUGGCCAUUACUUUAAACAUAGGGAACCAAACAAUACAAAAAGAAAGUACUGA